AUGGUUCAAAGAAGCGAAAUCAGUGAAGGGUCACAAGGGGAUGCAAGUACCAAUUGUGAUAUAGUGGAAUUGGAUGCUGAGGACUUGUUAGCUAAGUACACACAUUACUGCCAAGUUUGUGGCAAAGGGUUCAAGCGAGAUGCGAAUUUGAGAAUGCACAUGAGAGCUCAUGGUGAUGAAUACAAGACCAACGCUGCUUUGGUUAACCCCAUGAAGAGUCAAGAGGGAAGUAAUAAUGGCAUGGGAAACUGUUCGAUGAAAUUCCCAAAGAGAUAUUCAUGCCCUUAUGAAGGGUGUAGGUGGAACCAGAAACAUGCCAAGUUCCAACCCUUGAAAUCCAUGAUCUGUGUGAAGAAUCACUACAAGAGAAGCCAUUGUCCCAAGAUGUAUGUGUGCAAGCGUUGCAACCGGAAGCAGUUCUCGGUGCUGUCGGAUCUCCGAACUCAUGAAAAGCACUGUGGUGAUCUUAGGUGGCAAUGUUCUUGCGGAAACACAUUUUCUAGGAAAGAUAAGCUUAUGGGUCACGUUGCUUUGUUCGUUGGACACCGUCCAGUUGUUGCUCAUUCCUUACACUAA